AUGGUAUCCCAGAAAGAGACGUCGCGUGCGGAUGAGGUAACUAUCACCAUUCCAGUAGAGCCUGGUGAUGCCGAGGCCGGACGAGCGGCUGCUGUGUCGGCAGCUGCCGUGGGGCGCGCUCUCCAGACGGCCUUGCAGCGAAAGGCGUCUGCGGCGCCUCGACUGGCCCCGCGUGAGGUCUGGCUCUAUGACCCUGGCUAUACAAGCACGGCCUGCUGUCGCUCUGCAAUCACUUUUAUUGACGGUGAGAACGGUAUUUUGGAGUAUCGCGGGUUUCCAAUUGAAGCGCUCGCAACGACCUGCGGCUUCUACACCGUAGCGUACAUGCUGCUCGAGGGAACGUUUCCGGCGGACGCAAAGGUGCGCGCCCAGUUUGCCAAGAGCAUUCAACCAGGUCUCGACCUCGACCCUGUUGUCGCAAACGUCGUAGAGAGCUUCCCGCAGGAGGCGCACCCGAUGACGGUCUUUAUGGCUGCGACGGCUGCAUUGAGUGCGAGUCGCCCGGCAUGGAACCCCGCCCUCGUUCGAGGCGAUGGCGGCAGUUUGCGGUUGGUGUAUCGCACUCGCGCUGAACGUCAACGUAUCGCACAGGAAUGCAUUUCGUCACUCACCAGUAUCGCUGCAGCGGUUUUCCGUCACAUGCGUGGUUGCCCUGUGCGCUUUCCGAAGAGCACACAGCACCUGCGGGAGCAUCCUCUGGAUGCCUUUGCCCCUGACGGGUUCGCGCGAGCCUUCCUGCACGCUGCUGACCCCGAAGGCACACUCUGGCCUGAGCAACGUCAUGCAUCGGCAGUUUUCGCCGAAACCCUGGAUGUCAUCUUUGUACUGCAUGCAGAUCAUGAACUGAACUGCUCCACUGCAGCGAUGCGUCACCUGACUUCAGCAGGUUCCGAUGUCCUGACCUGUUUGGCAGCUGCGAUCGGGGCACUCUAUGGACCGUUGCAUGGCGGCGCAAAUGAGGCAGUUCUGAACAUGCUGGAGGAGAUCGGCAGCCCGGAGGCGGUGGAAGCCUUCGUCGCAUCCGUGAAGCGUCAGGAACGGAAGCUCAUGGGAUUUGGUCAUCGCGUUUAUCGGAGCUAUGAUCCACGGGCAAAAAUUUUGCGAACGCUAGCACAACAAGUGUUGCGGGAGGCGUCCACGGAAGGUCGUACUGCAAACGGACCGACGACUGCGAACGGCGCAUCAGACCCGCUGCUGAUCAUUGCUCAGACGCUGGAGAAGCGAGCACUGGAAGACCCCUACUUUACGGAACGGAAACUCUAUCCUAACGUUGACUUUUACUCAGGGGUUUUGUAUCGCGCGAUGGGUUUUCCGAGUGUUUUCUUUACAGUGCUGUUUGCCAUUGCGCGCACUGUUGGCUGGCUUGCGCACUGGAUGGAGAUGCUCGAACGGGACGCAACGGAUGCUGAACGCAAAAUCGUACGCCCUCGACAGAUCUAUAUCGGAAAGCGGCGACAACGCAUCCCGCUUGAAGCGGUGGAGAAACGACCUGAUCGCCGUUCGAGACUGUGA